AUGGAACAAGAGCUUAUCGAGUUAUUAUUAUUUUCAAAAAAGGCCUUAUCCACUGGUCAAACAAUAUGUGCUCAGGCAAAUGAGUUAUGCCAGCAAUCUGAGAAAUGUGUAGAGACAAUUGAAAAGAUUCAUCCAAAGUUAGUAUUUGUAAAUAAUCAUAUACUUGUUCAAAUGGCUACUUUGGAAAAGAUAAGAGAAUAUAAUAACCUUCAAGAAAGGGAAUCUACUUUGCAAUCUCUGACGAUUGAGUUGACAACUAUAUUCAAUUUAUUAAAGCAGCGUACGAUAGAUAAAGACAUAUUACGAGUAAACAGAGAAAGAGAUCCAGGGACAAAUGAUAUGGGAGAACAAGUAACACUGUUUGAUUAUAUAUCCGAUGAAGCCAUUAUUGAGCUACAGAGACAAGCAGAUGAUGAAAUUGGGGAAAUGGAAAUCAUCAAUAACCUGUUGGAGAAUCAAUCCAAGAAUAUAUCCUUGACUAUAUCAGAGCUGUCAUCACUAAGAGAGGCAGCUAUGAUCAUACCUUUGGAUGAAGCCACAACGGCAUUUUCUCAUGAGAAACUAAAGAUACAAGAAGACGAAAUUGCAAAAAUGGCGGAUAUCUUGACUAGUCUGACAAAUCAUUAUGAUCAGUUAGGAGAAGCAACGAGGUUAUAUCAUUCGGACCCAGAAGCAUGCGGUGAACUUGAUAUUACAGUAUUAGAGGAUGACCAUGGACAUAUACCCAAUAUAUUGGAUAAUCUAAGAGAUAGCUUAGAUGUCGUUGAAACUAUUGCGCAAGUUUAUUUAAAGAUUCAAGAUAGAUUAGUCAAGGUACUUUAUGAAUUGGAGUAUUUUGGUACAAGCGGUCAAGCAGAUAUUAUCUGUGAAAAAAUAGUAGAUGCCGAAUUGGAGAUAAAGGACAGGGAGUGUAAUCUGGAUGAAUUCUUCCAGCAGCUAUCAUCAUUGGCUGAAUGGUAUCGAUUUUAUGCAUCAUCUUAUAAUUAUCUCUUGCUUGAAAUCGAAAGAAGAAGGAAAGCACAAGAAAAGCAAGAGAUUCUAAGGAAAGAAAUGACGAAAGCGCUUGAAGAAGCGUAUAAUGAUGAACUUCAAGAAAGAAGAUCAUGGUCAGCGCAACAUGGACAAUAUUUACCAGAAGUGUUGUGUCCAUUCAUUAAUGAUUUGCCAUCUAAAUUAGCCGUUACUGUUGAAUCCGAAUCUGGUCGAUUACCUAAUCUUUCACCCGAAAGCGUCGAAAAGGCUUUAGCAGAGAUCCAUAAUGUAUUAUGA